AUGCUCGCCAGAGGCCCUGCUCGACCUGCAGCCCGGCUCUGCUAUAAACCGAAGCUGUCCCCUCCGUCGCCACGGAGAGCCGACGGCAUCGACAUCGAAGCCCGGCCCCCCUCCCCCGCGGUCCCCGACUCGUCGUCACCCAACACCAGCGGCCCGCUCGUCGUGAUGGAGUCCAACGAACCGGUGGCGGAAGCGGCACCGUCGGCGAUGCCUCUGCUGCACGGCGUGCCCGGCGCUCCCUCGCCCCAGUUCGCCCUUCUCAACUACUUCUUCCCGGGCUUCUCCGUCUUCAUCUCGGCCGCCAACGCCUACAUCGGCACCGACGUCAACCUCUACAUCCACAGCCUCAUCGCCCUCUGCGGAGCCGUCGUCGUCUGGAGCUACGCACGCUCGUUUGUCUGGAACCUCGUGGAUGAGCAUCUCAUGUCGUCGGUUAGGAUCCGGACGGACGAUGAGAUCUAUAACAUGGUGAUGCUGUGGCUGUCGAAGCAAAAGUUCUCGCAGACGUCUCGCCACUUCCUCGCCAACACGAACCUCAACUCGCGGAGUCGUUUCAUGUACCGCUACAACGAUUCGAGCGACGAGGACGACGACGAGGACGACAACGACGAGGACGAGGACGGCGGCGGCGAGACGGUCGGCGAGACGGUCGGCGACGCCAACGGCCAUCAGAAGAGCGCCCUGCACUACACGCCGGCCUUUGGCUCCCACUACUUCUGGUACAGGGGCUACCCGCUCAUGUUCGAGCGGCACCAGAACCGGCAGGAGGUCAACCUGCAGUCGCUGAGCGAACGCGAGGAGCUCUCCAUCUCGUGCUUCGGCCGGAGCCCCUGGAUCCUGAAGCAGCUGCUCGUCGACGCCCGCCAGAUGCACCUGAAAAAGGACAAACGCAAGACGCUCAUCUACCGGGGAAACCUGACCGAGACGUACUGGCAGCGUUGCAUGUCGCGUCUCAACCGCCCCUUUGCCACCGUCAUCCUCAACGAGCAGGCCAAGCGGGAGCUGCUCGACGACGCCGCCGACUACCUCAACCCCUCGACGCGCCGCUGGUACGCGAACCGCGGGAUCCCCUACCGCCGAGGCUACCUCCUCCACGGCCCCCCGGGCACGGGCAAGAGCUCGUUGAGCCUCGCGCUGGCCGGCUACUUUCGCAUGAAGAUUUACAUUGUGAGCCUCAGCUCGGCCUCGGCGACCGAGGAGAACAUCACGACGCUCUUCAACGAGCUGCCCACCCGCUGCAUCGUCCUGCUCGAGGACAUUGACAGCGCCGGCCUCACCCACACGCGCGAGGACGCGGCCGCCCCGAAGGCGGCCUCGACGCCGCCGCCGCCGCCGCCGCCGGCGCUGGCCGGAGGAGGCACGGCUGGCCCGACGCCCCCGGCCGGCGGCCGGCUGUCGCUCUCGGGCCUCCUCAACAUCCUCGACGGCAUCGCCUCCCAGGAGGGUCGCAUCCUCGUCAUGACGACGAACCACAUCGAGAAGCUCGACAAGGCCCUCAUCCGUCCCGGACGCGUCGACAUGAUCAUCCCCUUUGGCCUCGCCGACGCGGGCAUGACGGCCGCCAUCUUCCGCGCCAUCUACGCGCCGUACGAGAACGAGCACGCCCUCCUUCAUCGGCCGCGGCGUGGCAAGAGGAGCAGGGCCAAGGACGUAUGCGGCCACGCCGACGAGGCGGACCAGAACGACGGCGUCGCGGAGCGUCUCAGGACGCGCGAGCGCGUCGACGGUCUCGCGAAGCGCUUCGCCGCCAACAUCCCCGAGCUCGAGUUCAGCCCGGCCGAGGUGCAGGGCCUGCUGCUGCGGCACAAGCGUGAGCCGGAGCGGGCGAUUGACGCCGCCGCCCUCUGGGUCACGCAGAUGCGCAAGGAGAGGAAGGCCAAGGAGGAGGAGCUCGAGGAUACGUCGAAGCGGCCAAAGGAGCAGCCGAUGCCGUCCGAUGCCGAGGGAGCCAAGGUCGAGGACGGUGGGGCUGCCAAGGCGUCCCCGACGGCCAAGGAGUCGGCGGCGCCGGAGCCCAAGGGCACGGCGGAUUCGGUCGAGAGGGAAAAGGCAGCCGAGACGCCGUACGAGACGGACGAGGACACGCCGCCGUCGUCGGUCGACAGUCCCGUCGUGGACAGCAAGGCGGAUGGCAUCGGGAGCGCCAAGGUGCUCGUCUCGCCGUCGGAGGCAGUCUCCGGGACGGCGGCGGAUGCCGCCACGACGGACUAG